GGCCCUAAGACUGUAUUCUUCUGGGCGCCGAUGAUGAAAUGGUGUUUGGUCGCCGCAGGAGUCAAGGACUUGACUCGUCCCGCGGAGAAGCUCUCUGUGUCGCAGAACAUCGCCCUCACGGCGACUGGGUUUAUCUGGGUGCGAUACUCCAUGGUAAUUACGCCAGUGAACUACAGCUUGGCUGCGGUUAACUUCUUUGUUGGUAUGACUGGUUUGGGGCAACUGGCGAGGGUUGCGAAGUGA